AGCCCAUCAUACUCUGCUCUGUCCUCCCCCCCCCCUUCCCCCGGAGUGGUUACUUAUCUAUCACCCUCUGUCCCUGCUUGCUUCCUGCUGCGAGUCAAUCAUCCCCCCCCAUACAUCCUCCAGCACUGGUGCUCAAGUACAUCCAUAGAGAUACUCAGCCAUCCAUCCACACACUACCCUACUACCUAUUCUCUCACCUCACCCUCACACCAUCUCCAAUAGCUAAGGUGACGAACCUAUCUGUCGUCCGAUAUAUUUUACCCAUUUAGAGGUGUGUCGGGGGGCCACUCACUCAUAGCGUGCGCCGUCUGCUAUCAAUCAAGCAAAGAGAGCUUGCAUACAACGCUUCCUUUCCCCUUUCCCUAAAAUUUACUAUCCUUUCCCACUGUUACCCGUUAGCAUAGAAAAAGCCUCCCGUGCCUACCCUCUUUACUCCUUUCGACUGAUUGAUUGCCUCCUGUCCUUUUAUCCCUUAUGCCAGUGAAUCGCUCCUAUUACUGUUGCCUUCAACCAGCUCAGACAGAUACAUAGACGGGCGAACAUUUCCGGUCACUCCACUCUUACCUGGUUCGGGCCGGCUGCCGUUCUUGCCCUUUUUUGAUCUCAACGUGGGACCUUGACACCUCGACACUUGUGUUAUCUGUGCACGCCCGAAACUGAUUAUUCGGUCACGAGCUUCACUUCUACACUCAGACUAGUUGAAGCCUGGAAGGAAGCGCGUGUGUGUGAGAGAGUGUGAGUGAACAGGACAGGGAAAUCGAAAAGUGAAGGGAACGGCCCCAGACCCCAACAAACUUGCGUCAGGGCGACACUCAGCUGCUGUUUCAUUCUCCAUUACAACUCUACCCUAUCAAAGCUGGUUGUAAGCAGGAUCCCAGCCCCAGCAACCAGAUACCAAGGGCCAACCACCCCCGAGCUUUCCGAUAUCUAAGCCCAUCUAUCCGCCCUUCUCCGAAGAUGGAUCACCUUCCGCGAGCUGCCUCUCCUUCUACCACCACAACCUCUACCACCACAGCUAUCGCAACCUCACAACCCUCCUUCCACCCACCACCGAGUUUGUUCACCGAAUCUAAUCUAUUGCUUCGCCAUCACUUCAACCACAAUAAUAUAACUGCUAUCUGCGAGAAAAUGGAUACUAGUAUUACGUUAAGACCUUCCUCGAAAAAGUUGUUGUCCUUGGCUUCUUCCAGGCCCAUGAUUAUCCCAACCAAGUGCUCGGGAAUCGCUAGGGAGAAACAGUGCGCACAACGGCAUGCCGGAAUUCCACCAGCAGUAGCGGCAUUAUUAGCUGUAACAGCUAUUCCACCCCCAGGAUCUAGAAAAAGAAUUUUGCAAGAGCAAAAAAGCGCUUUGGAUAUCUUUGUUGAGCCGCCAACACCAUCUCACCCUCCACCUUCCUUUGACGACGCACUGGAGGAAGAAGACAGUCUGGCUCCGGAGUCGGUGGAAUUAUCACGAGACCCAUCACGAGAUUCAACACGAUCAGUACUAUCUGUUCUUUUGGGUCCUCCUGAGGGGGAGCAUUAUGAGAGCUCUCCACUCGAGAAAUCACCAAGUGACAGUCAGUUGUCACUUAGGUCGAGCUCAAGCGAGUCCGUUCCAUCGCUAGACAACGAUGACGAAUCAACAUUCUCAUGGAACAGUGUUUCUUCAUCACCGUUGUUACGACGACGCUCAGGGGGGGACCCUAGAUUUCGUGGGCUUUCAUCACCGCCAGAAGACUCCCAAGAUGACCAUCCUCUCAUGUGGGAUUCUGAUGACGAUGUCUCGAAUGUGCCAACCCUCGAGCCGGAAAUCGGUUUCUUUUCCGAAGAUGCGCUGAAAAGGAUAACCCGUCGCUUGAACUUCAAAUCAAAUUUGACAGCCUCCAUCCGUGUGCUUAAGUCGGCUGCUCGAAGCUUCUCGUCCAUCUCGGUAUCGGCACCACUCAUUCAGCCCGAUGACUAUCUUACCCGUAGCAUCUUGUCGAUAACCCCCCAAUUCACCGAUGAGAAACGACCAGCACCCACAUUGGACACCCCAACACCUGCUCUCCGCCGAUACCUUAACCCGACCAAUCCGGUCCCGGACAUGCCAUGCACCGGGGCUGUUCAGAUGCAAACGUACCAUAGCAACCGACCCGACCUCACAGAGAACAAACAUUCACCGUCUUCGCCGUCAUCCCCCGAUUCCAACGGCAGUCCCGUGACGAGGCCGAGGGAGGUUCGCGAAAAUGGAGAUUUUCUCCGGGUCAUCGUCCUGGAAAUGAACAUGAGGCGAGGGGGGAAACUGGCUGACACUGCUGCUGGGAAGGCGAGGCUUGUGCUGCCGCCACGUCAACCCUGCAGAUUAAGAGCUGUUGGUGAUCCCGGUCGCUGGGAGGCCUCAGUGUGUGUCUAUGAUGACUAAGUAAAGUCACCGACUUUACUCUCCCCCUCAUUCGGACUAGAACACAAGGCUCGCACGCGGGCGGAAAGCGCCGGUUCUUGUUUUUUUUUUCUCCCUCUUUUCUUUUCUUUUCACUUCCUUCCUAGCCGUUCCGAUCUGACUCCUUCGGUAUGACGGAUCUGCCAGAUUCAGUACCGGUACCGUUUCUUUUCAAUCUUUCUUUUGUAUCUUGUAUCAUAUCUUCUUCCCAUACUACCUGCUUCCUCUUCAAGAUCUCACUACCCCCCCGCUAAAAACCGCCAAUCCGAAUGUUAUUUUUUUCCUUAGAAAGACUUUCCAACUCAAUUUCCUUGGCCUGCACCCCACCGUCAUUUAUUACAUAAAUCUUUUCCCUUUGCGCGCGCGGGGGGGGGAAAUCACAGCAACAACCACAACCCACAAGCCCAACUAGCCAUCACAUGACAUACUUAACUUAUCACUUCCCCCUUCCAUUGCCUUCUCUUUUCUUGUGAUCCCGUCUCCGGACUGGUGGCCGUGUGCUGCCAAGUCUGACUCGUUACCUCUCUCUUCCCUUUCCCUGUGAGUUUAUAUUGUAAGAUCGAGAUUGUCGUUUCUCUCUUCUUUUUUCCCCCUUCGUAUUUCAUAGUUCAUUAUCUCCACUUGCGCUAGUUAGAGGUGAUGGAGGUAGGGCAGGCAUGGAGGGGAGGUGGUGGUCAUCGAUCGUGGGGUCUGUGGAUAAUCUGCCUUUUUAUUUAUUUAUAUUUUCUUCCUUCUCAUGUUUAACUGUGAUAAUAGCCGUUCCUACUGUCUGAAAAGGGAGGGGCGAUGAGGUUUCAUUUCGGUUAGAGGUGUGACGGAUGGAUAUGUAUGACGAUGGAUUCGGAUUUUUGAGAUGUUUUUUUUUUUUUUAAAGAGAAAAAGGUUGUAAGUUGUUUGUGGUGAAUCGUUUUUUAUUUAUUUAUUUAUUUAUUUAUUUAUUUUAUCCUUCUCGGAGUAGAAAAUGAGGGGUUUUUUUAUUUUUUUAUUUUUUUAUCAUUUUUCCUACACUCUAUCUUGGGGUUUUAUUUUAUCAGGAGGCCUUUUUUUGUUUGACUUUAUGUAUGUUAUGUAUGGACUGGUGCGGAGGGUAGUACCUUGAUGGCAUCAGAUUGUGGGGUUC